UGACGAUUCCGGGGAUUCCGGGACCUUGUUUAGCGCAGUUGUUGCUUACCAUAGAUAGAUAACUUAAUUUGUAAACUUGGUGCCGGAGUUUCCUAUCGGCUCAUAAAAAGCUCGUGGUUGCCUUUGAGUUGAACUUAUUAGAUUAUCACUAACACCGUCAGUGGCCAAGAGAGACACACACACUUAGACAUCAUGGCUUCCGCAAGUUCGCCGCGGCGAAACCCAAUCUCGCGCUUCGCGGAUGCGUUUUCAACACGGUCAAGCAGCCCCAACAGCCGGGACUCGGGCAAGUCAGAUACGGCCCAGCGCCGCGAAGCGAAGCGGCUGGAGAAGGCGGAGAAGCGGGAGCGCCUCGAGCAGGAGCAGGAGGAGCUGGAAGAGCGCCGCCGCAGGGAGUACGAGAAGGGCAAGCAGGAGGACGACCCCGAGACCCGGGACCGCUAUGGGGAGCUGGUUCACCCGCUUGAGCUGAGCACCAUCAACGAGAUCGCCGAGUUCCCCGAAGGGACCGAGGUGACAUUCCGCGCGCGGAUACAGCACCAGCGCCGAAUGUCCGAAGCUCUCGACUUCCUUCUGCUCCGAGAUCAGACCCACACCAUCCAAGGCGUCUUGUCCCGGACAUCGCCGAACAUGAUCAGAUGGGUUCAGAAGCUCAACACUGAAUCGCUUGUCGAAGUGCAUGGCAGGCUGAAAAUACCCGAGAACCCAGUCAAGUCGGCCUACUAUCAAGACAUCGAGGUUGACAUAUACUCGGUCCACCUUGUUAGCCCGGCCAACAACUUGCCAUUCGACAAUUACCACACCCCGGAUUCCCUCCAUCAGCGCAUGUCGGAUCGUGUCCUGGACCUGAGGCACCCGGCCAACCAAGCCCUGUUCAGAAUCCGAGCCAUGGUCGCUCGCACGUUCCGCCAAGUCCUCGAGGAUCAAGGGUUCCUCGAAAUCCAGACGCCGAAAAUCCAGCCCGCCGCGACGGAGAGCGGCGCCGAGGUGUUCAAGGUAAACUAUUUCGGUCGGAGAGCCUUCUUGGCGCAGAGCCCGCAGUUGGCGAAACAGAUGAGCAUAUCGGCCGACUUCAAGAGGGUCUAUGAGAUCGGCCCAGUCUUCCGGGCAGAAAACUCGAACACCCAUCGGCACCUUGCCGAGUAUACCGGCCUCGACCUGGAGAUGACCCUGCCGCACACGUACAGGGACCUCAUCCGCGUCGUCGACUCAGUGCUCAAAUCUAUCUUCGCCGCCGUCUAUAACAUGGCCGAGGUGGAGGUAGUCAAGCAGCGGUGGCCGAGCGAGCGCAUGGUCUGGCUCGAGGAAACCCCGGUCAUCCCCUUCAGCGAGGGUCUGCAGAUGCUCCGAGACGACGGUCGCGAGGUCGCCGUGGAAGACCUCGGCACGAGGGACGAGAUCCGGCUGGGAGAGCUCGUCAAGGAGAAGUACAAGACGGACUACUACAUCCUCGACAAGUUCCCCGCCAACGCGCGGCCAUUCUACACGCACAAGGACAAGGACCCGACGUGGACCAACUCGUUCGACAUCUUCGUUCGCGGACAAGAGAUCUGCACGGGCGGGCAGCGCAUCCACAAGGCCAAGGAACUCCGGAAGAGCAUGGCCGACGCGGGCGUGGACGAGUACGGCAUGGAGGAGUACCUCUCAGCCUUCGACCACGGGGCGCCCCCGCACGGCGGCGCGGGCCUGGGCCUCGAGCGCAUCGUCGCCUGGAUGCUCGAGCUCGGCGACGUGCGGUACGCGUCGCUGUACCCGCGCGACACCAAAUCCCUCCCCGAGCGCUCGCCGCGCAUCCCGCACCCCGAGGCCGACACGAUGCGGCCGCGCAUCAAGGACCAGGGCCAGCCGGCCAUCGAGGACCUGAUCGCCAACUACGGCGACGCCAGCAACACGUCGUGGCUGGACGACCGCUUCGAGAUCUGGCGCCACACCACCGGCGCCGCCGUCGGCUUCGUGCGACGCGGCGGCAAGUUCGCCAUGAUGACCGGAGACCCCCUGUGCGACCCGCGGCAGUACACCGAGGUCAUAUACGCCUUCGUCGACUUCGUCGAGAAGGAGCUCAAGCUGACGCCCAUCUGGCUGCUGGUCUCGGCGCCCGUGCAGGCGGUGCUGGGCCGCAACCUCGGCUGGCGGACGCUGUCGUGCGCCGAGGAGCAGCGCGUCGACUCGGACAGGCACGGGCUGUCGAUCAGCGGGCAGGACAAGAGGCGGGUGGAGAAGGAGGGCAUCAAGAUCCACGAGGUGCGGCCCAACGACAAGUUCAUCGAGCGGGCGAACCGGGGAAUCGAGGCGUGGCUGGCCGGGCGCAAGGGCGCCGACAAGCAGGUGCACCUAACCGAGGUCAAGCCGUGGGUGGACGACGCGCACCGGCGCUACUUCGCCGCCGAGAAGGACGACACGGUGCACGCGCUCGUCGUCAUGGCCCGCCUCGCGCCCCGCUACGGCUGGCAGGUCAAGUGGGCCAUGGACUUCCCCGGCGCGCCCAACGGCGUCAUCGAGGUGCUGAUCGAGAGGGCCCUCACCACCGUCACGGGGCCCGUCACCUUUGGCGUCGGCGCCUCGAUGAAGCUGAAGCCCGGCGAGCACCUCCACGGCGUCAGGGCAAAGUUCCUGGCGAGGACAUACGACCUCGUCGCCAGGAGGCUGAAGCUGGGCCGCAAGUCCGAGUUCAGGCAGAAGUUUGGCGUGCAUGGCGAGUCGAUAUAUAUCUGCUACCCGCGCUGGGGAGUGACGGUCGGCGACUUGAGGGAGAUCGUCGCGUUCUUUGAGGAUUGAGCGUCUUGCUUGUCGUUUCCUUUGCUGUUUCUAUUUUUGUGUUUGUUUUUUCCCCCCUCAGCAUUUCGUUUUCCCUUGGCGAUUAUACCUACUAGCGAGUAUUUGGCACGUGCGGGUUACUCAAGCAGAAUCCUAGAUCUAGCUAAGGAGUUCAUGGAAAACAUUCGUUUAGCGAGUUACCUUCUUUCUCAACGAUGGAUUUAGAUUUCAACUGGGCUGAGGAUCAUAAUGUCCUGGAGUAGAGAGAGACGGGGUCUGGUCUGUAGAAGCCAUGCCUACUUGAAAGAGGUCGGUAGUAUAGUUGGCCUAUCUAGGCACCUGAUAAUGUUACAUCUCCUCUUUCCUCG